GUAUCCUUGAGCCUUCCUGUACUCCAGGCUGGAACAGCUUCUUAAGGGAUGAAGACAAGAAGGAGAAAUUGAAAGGACCAGCUUGCAAGGCUUUUCCAGGAAAUAUCUAGAAUGGAGACUUGGAAGAUGUUCUGGGUGACCAUCUUUCUUGCAGCUAGCUUUGGCUUCAUCAACUCACAGAGAAUUGUCUGCAGCCAGGCCUCUGUGGGAGAUGUCGUGUUUCUAGUAGACGCAAGCAUCAACCCCCAAAAUACCCGCCACGUGCGGAACUUCUUGAACACCAUGGUGAAUGGCUUCAAUGUCAGCAGAGAGACCAUCCGCGUGGGGCUGGCCCAGUACAGCGAUGCACCCCAUUCCGAGUUCCUGCUCUCCACGUACCACCACAAAAGCGAGGUGUUGAGACACAUUCGGAAGUUUCAGUUAAAACCUGGGCGCCCUGGGGGCACCAAGCUGGGCCUGGCCCUGCAGUUCCUUAUAGAUCACCACUUCCAGGAAGUCGCCGGGAGCCGGGCAAGGGAGGGCGUGCCUCAGGUCGCCGUGGUGCUCAGCAGCCGCCCCUCCGAGGACCCUGUGCGGGAGCCUGCGGAGGCAUUCAGGGGGGCAGGCAUCCUGCUUUAUGCCAUCGGCGGCCGAGGGGCAGCUGUGGCCGCGCUCAGGGAGAUUGCCAGCAGUCCGGCGGAGAAGUUUGCCUCUUUCCUCCCCAACUUCUCCGCUCUGGGCGGCCUCACCCCCAAGCUGCUGAAGGAUCUCUGUGACACUCUGGUAAAGGCAGCUCAACCUGUUGACCGCGUCUCUCCAGCUUGCGGAGACGCGGUCCGGGCGGAUAUUGUCUUUCUAGUAGACAGCUCAACCAGCAUCGGACCCCAGAACUUCCAGAAAGUAAAGAACUUCCUUCACUCUGUCGUCUUGGGACUUGACAUCAGCAGUGACCAGGUCCGAGUGGGCCUCGCUCAGUAUAAUGACAACAUCUACCCAGCCUUUCGGCUGAACCAGUACCCUCAGAAGAGUGUGGUCCUGGAGCAUAUCCAGAAUCUGCCCUACCGGACAGGAGCCACCAACACAGGGGCCGCCCUGGAGUUUAUCAGGACCAACUAUCUGACUGAGGCAGCUGGCAGCCGGGCCAAGGACACGGUUCCUCAGAUAGUUAUCCUGGUGACAGACGGGGAGUCCAAUGACGAAGUCCAGGAAGCAGCUGACAGGUUGAAAGAAGACGGUGUUGUUAUGUAUGUGGUAGGCAUCAACGUGCAGGAUGUCCAGGAGUUGCAAAAAAUGGCCAGUGAGCCAUUUGAGAAGUUCCUCUUUAACACGGAAAACUUCAACAUCCUGCAGGAUGUCUCGGGAGGCAUUCUUCAGUCGCUGUGCUCAGCAGCGGAGGGUACAAAAAAAGAAUUCACCCAGGCCUAUGCAGAUGUGGUCUUUCUUGCCGACACCUCACAGAACACUUCACAGGCCAGUUUCCAGUGGAUGCGCAAUUUCAUCUCCAAAGUGGUUAAAAUGCUAGAUGUUGGCAGGAACAAGUACCAGAUUGGGCUGGCUCAGUAUGGUAGUCAAGGCCACACUGAGUUUUUGCUCAAUACCUACCAGAGCCAGGAUGAGGUGACUGCUCACAUCCAUGAACACUUUGUCGUCCGGGGAGGCUCCAGGAGGACAGGCAAAGCUCUGCGAUACCUCCAUCAGACAUUCUUCCAGGAGGCAGCGGGGAGCCGCUUUCUCCAGGGCGUCCCCCAGUAUGCAGUGGUCAUUACCUCAGGCAAAUCGGAGGAUGAGGUCUGGGAUGCCGCACAGACACUGAGGGAGAAAGGUGUGAAAGUCAUGUCUGUGGGUGUACAGGACUUUGACAGAAGAGAACUGGAGGGGAUGGGGACCCCACCCCUUGUCUAUGAGAUGCAAAGUCAAGAUGGAGUCAGACAGGUGAUACAAGACGUGAAUAUGGUGAUCCAAGGGAUUGGGCGGUCCGAGGUCAGGACAGAGGCCGAGAAGGAGACUACAGUAACAGAGGCCGAGAAGGACACUACAGUAGCAUGUCCCACUGCUAUCCCUGCUGACUUAGUAUUCCUCAUUGAGGAAUUUAGCAGGGAUCGGCAAUCUAAUUUCCAACAAGUUGUCAAUUUCUUAAAGACCACCGUCCUCUCUCUAAGCGUUUUUCCCGAUGUGAGAAUUGGCUUGGUCUUUUACGGUGAGAAGCCACGACUUGAGUUUUCACUGGAUACAUUUCAGACUCCAGCCAAAAUCUUGGAACAUUUGGACAAAUUAACCUCCCGGGGGCAGAGAGGAAGGACCAAGACUGGUGCUGCUUUGGAUUUCCUAAGGAAUGAGGUUUUCAUUCCGGAGAAGGGCAGCCGGUCCAAGCAAGGUGUGCAGCAGAUAGCUGUGGUCAUCACGGAAGGCUUCUCCCAAGACAAUGUGUCCAGACCGGCUUCUCUCCUGCGCAGGGCAGGGGUUACCGUCUAUGCUGUGGGCACCCAGCUUGCCUCCAAGAGUGAGGACCUGGAGAAGAUAGCAUCAUAUCCCCCUUGGAAGCACGCCAUCCCUCUGGAAUCCUUUUUGCAACUCUCCAUUGUGGGAAGCAAGAUUAAAAACAAGCUCUGCCCUCAGACGGUGGGCGGAAGAGUUUCCGUUACUGGGAUGGGCUAUGCCGUGCAAGAAGGCUGUGUGCACGUCCAGAAGGCAGAUAUUUACUUCCUUAUCGAUGGGUCUGGCAGCAUCAAACCAGAUGAUUUUCUUGAAAUGAAGGUGUUUAUGAAUGAGGUGAUAAAGAUGUUCCAUAUCGGGCCGGACAGAGUACGGUUUGGAGUCGUUCAGUACUCAGAUGGAAUUAACAGUCAGUUUAUCCUCAGCCAGUACCCCAGUGUGGCCAGACUGAAGGCAGCCAUCGAUGGCAUCCAGCAGUGGGGAGGCGGCACCAUGACAGGUCAGGCCUUGAGUGUCAUGGCUCAGGUCUUUGCAGACACUGCUCGCCGAGACGUGCCUUGGUAUCUCAUAGUCAUCACUGACGGUCAGUCUGCGGACCCAGUGGCUGAGGCGGCAGAGGCAUUGAGGAGAGACAAAGUCAUCAUUUAUGCGAUUGGGGUCCGAGACGCUAACACCACUGAGCUUAAGGAGAUAGCGAAAGACAAGAUGUUUUUCGUGCAUGAGUUUGAUUCACUGAAGGCCAUCCAACAAGAAGUGGUCCAAGACAUCUGCUCCUCAGAGACCUGUAAGAACAAGAAAGCUGACAUUAUCUUUCUGAUAGAUGGUUCAGAAUCCAUCUCCCCCAAAGACUUUGAAAAGAUGAAGGGAUUCAUGAAGAGGAUGGUGAAUCUAUCUAAUAUCGGGGCUGAUGAAAUUCAGAUCGGUCUUUUGCAGUUCAGCUCAACCCCCCAAGAAGAAUUCAGGCUCAACCAAUACUCCUUGAAGAUGGACAUUAACAGAGCCAUCGCAGAUGUUCAGCAGAUGAACGAUGGCACCCGCACUGGGAAAGCCUUGAAUUUCACGCUGAUUUUUUUUGACAGUUCCAGAGGAGGGAGGCCCGGUGUUCAUCAGUAUUUGAUUGUGAUCACUGAUGGGGUCUCCCAGGACAAUGUAGCCAUACCAGCCAAGGCCAUCAGGGACAAAAACAUAAUUAUUUUUGCCAUUGGAGUGGGGGAAGCCAGACGCUCUCAGCUUUUGGAGAUGACUAAUGACCCUGGCAAAGUGUACCAUGGAGAAAAUUUUGAGUCCCUGCAGAAUCUGGAGAAGGAAAUUUUUUAUCAGGUCUGCAUUCCAGAAGAAUGCAACCUAGAUUUGUCUGUAGCAAUUGAUAUCUCCACUCCCACAAGGCAAGAUCAGAAGAAGCUUCAAGGGUUACUGCCAGAGCUGAUGCAACAGUUGGCCUUGCUUCCUAACAUCAGCUGUAGUCAGAUCAACACAAUGUUUCGCUACUUGGUUCCUGGCUCAAAUGGCCAGCUUAUCUUCGACUCAGGCUUUGAGAAGUAUAGUGAUGAAAUCAUUCAGAAGUUCUUGGUUCAUCAGGCUGCCAAGAGCAACCGCAUGGAUGUGGAUUUUUUGCAGUCCCUGGGAGAUAAUGCGAUCCACCUCUCUUUUGCUAAAGUGAAGGUCCUGUUAGUGUUCACAGAUGGCCUGGAUGAUGAUUUAGAGAGACUGAAGAAAACAUCUGCGCUUCUCCGAGGCAAAGGAUUCUCUGGACUCCUCGUUAUUGGCCUGGAAGGUGUACAUAAGUUGGAAGAGCUUCAGGAGCUAGAAUUUGGCAGAGGAUUCGCAUAUAAUCAACCUCUGAGCAUCACACUGCCAUCCCUCCCGCGCAUCUUACUGAAGCAACUUGACACAAUUUUAGAAAGAACAUGCUGCAAUAUGUAUGCAAAGUGUUUUGGAGAAGAUGGGCCCAGAGGUGAUCAUGGGAGCCCUGGGAGGAAGGGAGAGAAGGGGCCUGGUGGAUUACCUGGUCAUCCUGGUGAAGAAGGUGCACAUGGAGCACGAGGGCCCCAAGGUUUUCCUGGACCCCGAGGUGAGGAAGGAUGCCCGGGUAUGAGAGGACUGAAGGGAGCACGAGGAUUUCCAGGAGAGAAGGGCAACCCUGGUGAGGAAGGUGUUGAUGGCUUGGAUGGAGAACAGGGUAAUCGUGGAAUCCCAGGAUUAUCUGGAGAAAAAGGGAAUCGGGGAAAUCGGGGCUUGACAGGACCGCCUGGCCAGCCUGGAGAGCAUGGAGAGCCUGGGUUAAGGGGAGAAUCUGGGGAUCCCGGUCUUGAUAGUUACAUCCAUGGCCCUAAGGGAGAAAAAGGAAGGCGUGGACAUCAGGGAAGUUCUGGUUAUGAUGGGCCUCAGGGGGAAACCGGAAACGUUGGUCCUCAGGGGUCAAGAGGAAGACAAGGCCUGCCAGGAUUGAAGGGUCUGCGUGGAGAAUCUGGUGAAGGUGGUUACCAAGGAGAACCUGGGUAUCCAGGCUCACAGGGGCCAAGAGGAAGGCAAGCACCACCGGGAGCUUUUGGACAAAAGGGCUUACCGGGUACUCGGGGGAAUCCUGGACCUCCAGGGCCAAAUGGUUCAAAAGGAAAAGCUGGACCAAGAGGAAUGAAGGGAGAGCAUGGUGAUGCAGGAGAAAGAGGCCCACGGGGUCAGCAAGGACCAAGAGGACAACCCGGUCUAUUUGGUCCCGAUGGAUAUGGACAUCCGGGAAGAAAAGGAAAAAAGGGUCAACCUGGAUUUCCUGGCUAUCCUGGCACACAAGGAGAAGAUGGUGACCCAGGCCAUCGAGGAGAGAAGGGGGCAAAGGGAAUCAGAGGGAAGAGGGGUAAUGCUGGCUUUCCAGGAUUUGUUGGAACUCCAGGUGACCAAGGCCCUCCAGGACCACGGGGCAUCAAGGGCCCCAGAGGCUUGGCAGUGAUGCCUUGUGAAAUCAUCGAUGUCAUACGAGGAAACUGCCCGUGUUCAGCAGGUGUUUCCAAGUGCCCAGUGUUCCCGACCGAAGUGGUCUUUGCCUUGGACAUGUCAAAUGACAUCUCCGACUUGGAUUUUGAGAGGAUGAGAGACAUUUUAUUAUCUCUGUUGAUGAAGAUGGAAAUAAGUGAGAGUAACUGCCCAAAGGGUGCGCGAGUGGCCAUCGUUUCAUACAACGACAAAAUAGAUUACCUGAUUCGCUUCUCGGACUACAGGGGGAAGCCCGCCCUCCUCCAGGCAGUCAGGAAAAUCCGCCGGGAAAGGUCAUCGGGCAGCAGGAACCUUGGGGCCGCCAUGAGGUUUGUGGCAAGGCAUGGAUUCAAACGUGUGCGCUCGGGCCUUCUCACGAGGAAAGUGGCUGUGUUCUUCCAGGCGGGCUGGGCCUAUGAUGCGGAGUCCGUCAGCACGGCCACGCUGGAGCUCGGUGCGCUCGACAUCACCCCUGCAGUCAUCACCUUCACAGAGGAGCACAACCUCCCGGAUGCCCUGGUGAUGGAUGAAACCAACAGAUUUCACCUAUUCAUCUGGGAGACUAAGAGCCAGCAGGACGUGGAGCACUUGGCCCGCUGCGUCCUCUGCUAUGACAACUGCCGACCAGCCCCCGAGUGCAGGCCGGGCACCCCUGAACCCCUGGCGGUGGACGUGGACGUGGCCUUCGUGGUGGACAGCUCCCACAGCGUUGGUGCCGAUGUAUACCAAGCCGCGUUGCGUCUAGUGGACACCACUCUCGACAACCUGGAGGUGGCUGCGCAGCCAGACGUGUCCCUCCACGGGGCUCGCGUGGCUCUGGUGACGCACACGACUCCAGGCUUCCGGCCGGGAGCAGGACGGCCCCCUGUGCUGGAGGCUUUCCCCCUGACCUCCUCUGGCCACCGGGCACAGAUGCAGAGGCUCAUCCGGGAGGCCAUGGGCCACCCCCUGCAGGGAGCCCCGGCCCUGGGCCAUGCCCUGGAGUGGACACUAGAGAAGGUGCUCCUGGCAGCCCCGCUGCCCAGGAGGGCACAGGUUCUCUUCGCCAUCGUGGCCAGUGAGACUAGCAGCUGGGACCGGGAGAAGCUGAGGACUCUGUCCCUGGAGGCCAAGUGCAAGGGCAUCACUCUGUUUGUGCUGGCCGUGGGUCCUGGCGUGGGAACCCGUGAGCUGGCUGAGCUGGCUGGAGUGGCCAGCGCCCCCUCUGAGCAGCACCUGCUGCGCCUGCAGGGGAUCUCAGACCCAGAGGUGGCCUACGCCAGGCGCUUCACAUGGGCCUUCCUGAACCUCCUCCAAAGUGGAACAAACCAGUACCCACCCCCAGAGCUCAUUGAAGAAUGUGGGGGCCCCAGCCGAGGGGACACUCGGAGGCAGUCACUUAUUAAGAGGCUGCCCAAUCGCCAGCGUGGCAUAUCUGGCUUUGCUGAUGAUUUGGAAGCACUUGAAGCAACAGAUUUUUUUCUGGAGGAGAACAGAACAGCAACGAUGACAUCUGUAACUCAGCAAGAAGCACUUGAAAAUUAUGAAAAGAAUGGCUAUGCCACUGAAGAAAAAGAACAAGAAAUGUCUGCAAAACAAAAGAAAAAUGGAAGAGAAAUAAAUUCAGACACUACUUCUGGUCCCUGUUUGAUGGAUCCAGGGGAAGGCGAGUGCCAGGAUUACAUCCUGAAAUGGUACUAUAACAAGGACAAGCGGGCUUGCCAGCAGUUCUGGUAUGGCGGCUGUGGGGGCAAUGCCAACCGGUUUGAAACCAAGGAAGAAUGUGAGGUUCGGUGUGUCCCAACACCGCUGUAGACUCAGGCAGAGCCUCAUCACUGUGGCCUCUGUUUUAAUCGCGGAUGAAAUCGAGAUUGCCUCCCUGAGACAGUGCCGCAGCUCCUAAGUGAUGAAGCCCUCUCUGCAAUCUCAGGUCGAUUAUUAACCCACUGAACUUUUUCCUGCCGGCGGAGAACUUGGGAAAAAUGAUUUGCGAUUUGAGGAGGACUGCAUGCUAGUAGUUACAAAAAGUAGCUGAAACUUUCCUGAAAGUUAUUUAAAUGAUGUAGAACUGAAUGGUAAAGAAAUUUGAACCUGG